AUGGCCACUUCGGAUGUGACCACUCGCGCUGACCCUCUUUCGCCUGGGUGUAGAGGUCUUGCAAACCCUCGCCCAGAGUCUUUUCACUCGCGUGCACCAGCGGCUCGAAAGGUUGUUCUGUCUCUGGGAACGUGGAACGUCAGGACUCUUGUCGACACUGACGGAAAUUUGAAUACGGCGUCCAAAGCAAAAAAAUCAAGGAAAGUUUGUUCGAAUAUUCGCGAGGAGAGAAAAAUUGACCUUGUGUGUCGUCAGCUCAAAAAGUAUGGAAUGGACAUCGUUGGCCUCCAGGAGACGCUUUGGUUUGGCUCUCAUCAAUAUACUGUCGGAGAUUGCUUAGUUUUGACAAGUGGUCGCCCAACACCGACUGGGGAUGAGCCUGCUCGUCGUGGUGAAGGGGUUGCUGUCGUUUUGCGAGGCAGAUGCAGGGAGGCAUUUGAACGCGGAGGCUCUCGCUGGACGGCGGUCGGCUCCAGACUCCUGUCAUUGCAGGUAAAAUUCGUAUGUGGUCGGAAUCAGUCUGUGUCUUGCCUGCACUUCGCUGUGGCGUAUGCCCCCACGUUUGUCAGGCCCCGUGAGGAGAAAACUCAAUUCUACGCAGAUGUCCAGUCCUUCAUUGACAGUAUUCCCAGGAACGAUCAAUUCGUCCUUCUUGGUGACUUCAACGCCCGUGUUGGCAGUGCUGGUGCGGAUGGUGACUGGUCAGGUGUCAGAGGCCCUCAUGGUUUUGGUCGAAUGAACUCAGCUGGAGAGGAUUUGCUCAAUUUCUUGUCCAGAAAUGGUGCCCUCAUAUGUAACACGUGGUUUCGGAAGAAUGAUGUUCAUAAGCAUACCUGGUUUCAUCCUCGAUACAAACAGCCUCACUGCAUUGACUACUGCAUCAUUCCUCAGAGCCGACGCUCCCAGUGUAUUGAUUGCCAAGUCAUCCGGUCUGCGGAAUGUGAUACCGAUCAUAAAUUCUUGGCUAUGAAAUUGCGCCUGGCAGAGAAUCCCUGUUUCCAUCGUACCCGUGCUGUCAUCAGAAAACCCAUUGCUGUGUCCAAGCUGUUGUGCAAGCCUGGCGGAGAUGACGAACCGGACACUCGUAGGGUCUUUCGCGACAUGCUGGAUGCAGAGUUGGAGGGAGCCUGGUCGCAUGAGCCAUCCUUGGAUGACUGGUGGACUACCAUCAAGACAACAACUAUCAAGGUUGCAGAGGAUUGCUUGGGCAGAGAGAGCCGUAGACAGCCGGAGUGGUUUCGGGAUAGUCAGGCAGAGCUUGAACCUUUCCUACUGGAGAGGGAUCGGCUGUUUGCUGUUUGGGUGUCUACACGCAAAGUCAGUGAUUGCAAUGCCUAUAAGUGUGCCCGCAGCUCCGCGCGGAGGGAAGUCAGACGCGUCAAGCAGGAAUGGCUACUCAACAAGGCCCAGGAUUGCAAACGUUUCAGCCUCACGUCCAAGGGUGGCUGGGAGUGCAUCAGACACAUCCAGGCUGCGUUUCAGGGACUAAAACCGAAGGUCACAACAGCGAUCAAGAAUUCAAUGGGACAGGUUUGUGACACCCCCGAGGCCACGAACAUGCGGUGGCGGGAGCACUUUGGGGGAGUUCUCAAUAUCGUCAGCGACUUUGACGUGGAAACCCUCGACUCUAUUCACCAGCGUCCGGUCUUGGGGGAGCUUGCGGAUGUUCCCGACCGUGUGGAGAUUCGUAAGGCCAUGCAAGCACUGAAGAACGGCAAAGCUUGUGGUAGCUCUGAAGUCUUUGCCGAGAUGCUGAAGUAUGGUGGUCCUGUUCUACUGGGUAAGCUGCAGGCAUUGCUGGAGGAGGUAUGGCGGGCUGGUCGAGUACCGCAGGAUUGGGUGGAUGCCAUCCUGGUCCCUAUCCCCAAGAAGGGUGAUCUGAGUCUGACUGAUAACUGGCGCGGGAUUGCCCUUCUCGACGUGGUUGGCAAGCUUGCUGCACGGCUUAUAGCGGACCGUCUGCAGCGUGUUGGGGAACAGUAUCUGCCUGAUUCUCAGUGCGGUUUUCGCAGAGGCAGGGGCUGCUCGGAUAUGGUAUUCUCUGUUCGGCAAGUCGCGGAGAAGUUGCAUGAGCAUUCUUCCAAGGGAUUCGCAGUAUUCAUUGACCUCCGAAAGGCCUAUGACUCGGUGCCGUGGGCCGCCUUGUGGAGGGUGCUUGCAAAGCUUGGCGUACCAGAGGUGCUGGUUUCCGUAAUUCGAUCGUUCCAUGUCGACAUGUCAGCAUCUAUACGCAUUGGUGGCGAGCUGUUGGAGCCGAUUGCGGUGGGGAACGGACUGCGUCAAGGAUGCACCAUGGCCCCGAUUCUUUUCAAUUUGUACAUGCUUGCUGUUGUCGAGAAAUGGCAUGAAGCAAUAGCUGGUGACGACGAGAUUGGACUAUCAAUUUGUCAGUUUCGUCAGGACAGACUGUUCAACACGCGUCUCCGAGCAUACACCAGGGCUCCACUAACGGAAUGCCAGUUUGCGGAUGACUCUGCACUUCUUGCCAAGACUCACCCCGGUGCAGAGAGAGCACUCGCUGGGUUUGAGACUACUGCUUCUGCCUUUGGGCUCAAGGUUAACAUGGCCAAGACAAAGUUCAUGGCUAUUGGGACUGGGGUGGUGAACGAGGACAUGGCACCUUUAAACGGCACGGUGGAGCACGUGCACUCCUUUCGUUAUCUUGGAUGCCAUGUGACACCGGAUGCCAGGUGUACCUAUGAUGUGUCGCGUAGGAUUGCUGCUGCAUCGGGCGCUUUCCACAGUUUGAAGGAUGCAGUGUUCUACAACUCGGACUUCACCAUCGGCAUCAAGCGUGUGGUCUAUGGCGUCACUGUUCUGGCUGUCCUCCUGUAUGGUUCUGAGACUUGGACAACACGGCAAAGGGACCUGCAGCGGCUUGACGUGUUUCACCAUCAGUGCUUGAGGAUGAUCUUGCACAUCGGUCGUGCACGCCAGAUUGAUGAGCACAUCUCCAAUUUGCAGGUGCGGAAAUGGUGGGGCGACUUGGAGCAGCCGGCUGACAAGAUUCGCAGGCGGCGGCUGCAGUGGCUGGGCCAUAUGGCACGUAUGCCGAGGGGCGACCGCAUCCCUCGUCAGCUGUUGUUUGGCUCCUUGCCAUCGAAGCGCCCGCCCCAUGGUCCGAGGAAGCGAUGGAAGGACGUGGUGCGGACCGACCUGGCGGCAAUUGGCAUUGAGCCCAAUUCCUGGCUCGACGUGGCAAGUAAUCGCCGUGAGUGGAAGUCCCAGUGCCUUGAUGGGGUGGAUCGUAUUGUACUUGCCCGUCAAGAGCCUGUCGACAAGCCUCUGCUUUGCGGUGUGUGCAACCGCAGUUUCCGCCGCCGUCAGGAUAUCGCACGGCAUCGUUGUACAUCGCGGCGUUCAAUAGCAAUUAUAACCCGUGGGAAUGCGCCGUCACGUCAGUCGUCGGGUCCUGGUGCCGCUUCCCGGAGACAGCGCUAAUCCAAGAGCUGCCCCGUAUGGGGCCACUUAGCCAGUCAUGGCAGUGGAGAAGAAGGAAGGAAGCGUGUGUGUGUGUGUGUGUGUGUGUGUGUGUGCGUGCGUGCGUGUGUGUGUGUGUGUGUGCGCGUGUGUGUGUGUGUGCGUGUGUGUGUGUGUGUGUGUGUGUGUGUGUGUGUGUGUGUGUGUGCGUGCGUGCGUGUGUGUGUGUGUGUGCGCGUGUGUGUGUGUGUGCGUGUGUGUGUGUGUGUGUGUGUGUGCGUGUGCGUGUGCGCGUGUGCGUGUGCGUGUGUGUGUGUGUGUGUGUGUGUGUGUGUGUGUGUGUGCGUGUAUGUGCGUGUGUUUGUUGUGCACUGCAGGUUUUGUGGCUGAUUCCUCCGACCCCAAUCAAUCUUCAGAUCUUUGAGCAGUGGGUGUUGUCCGGUAAACAGCAGGAUAUCUUCCUGGGUGACAUGGUUGAGACGUGUGCCCGCGUCGAAUUAAACCAGGCUGGACUUUUGUCAUUCCUACUGGCUGGAUUCAUGCAGUUCACACUCCUGUGGAUUGGCUAGUGUUUGGUGGAAACUUUCUGCACAGUUUCAACAUAAGCGGUCAGCUUGCCGUGGCGGACAUUGAAGAAACUACUAAGAUACGGGCGCAGCGAAGCUCUCUCCUGCGCGCGCAUGCGCCGAGAUCCCACUGCUGUCAACGGAUGACACUGCAGCCCAGUCGCCAGCGACGGCGACAGCUGUUGCUGCUGCUGCUUCGUCAGGAGAUGGGAACAGCUCACAAGGCGGCAAGCCACCUCCAUCACCGCCAUCCUGCCUGCUCUCGGACAUGGCCUGUCUCAGCUCGUAUGAGAUUGAUGGCUUGCGACGGCUGCUGGCCGAGCUGAAUGUUUCCACGACGAUGGUGAGGGCGUGUCCCAAGGAGCUGGGGGAUCCUGGGGAGCUCAUGUCGACCGUGGAGGUAAGUUGUCGUGUGUGAUGUGUGGGUAAAACCGAAGUUACCGAAAAUAAAUCUCCACCUAAAUUUUCCGGUUUUACAGUAGCCUUUCUUCAGGGACAUACAUAUGGGACAUACAUAACUAUUGGCGUAGAUUUGCUUAAUCGUUAUGCCUUGUAUUCUCUUGUCAAAUGUACACCGUAGAUUCUGUUGAACGAGUAUGAAAGCUAGUAUUCUCCUCUGCAAUGUACAAGCAUUUUCCUGUGCAAUGUAUGCUGUAUAUUCUGUUGAAUGAGUAUGAAUUCUCCUGUGCAACGUGCGCUGUAGAUUCUGUUGAACGAGUAUGAAAGCCGGUUUCGCGAGGACAAGGCCACUGGACAUUUUAUGUUCAUACCGGGUAUACAAUCUGAGAAUCUGCGUGUGUCGCCCGCACCAAUACCUGACAACAUUGUGGAAAUAGUUGCAGUUGAAACAGAGAUUGUAUGCAAGUCCUCAGCUGCUACUGCAUCUCCAAAAAAGACACCUGGUAUAUCAUCUCUUGACGACCACAUUGAAGGCUGAAUUUGAAGUGCGAAGAUGCUUCAGCAAUCACAUCGUACUUUUCCAUUGCUUUCAUUGUGCUUCUACUGUGCAUGUGUGUAACUUGUGGGGUAUACAUGUGAUGACAUUGUAUGCUGGCGACACGGUCAGAUUUUGUCCAUGCGUGUAACGUACACCUGCAUGUUAUGCAUUGAAAAGGAUCUGCCACUUGCAAUCCUGGGACAAGUAUCAGGUCAGCUUUGUCUUGUGUGGGCUGUACCAGAUUGCUGUUCACUUUUCCAUCUGUUGGAUAUGUGACUUUCUGCAAGUCUCUGGUGUAUGGUGGCCACUUAUUUGCUUUUCACUUUGUAUGAUAUUACAUUCUGUAUUCGCUGCUUCCAUGGCGUGGUCUGCAAACUGCAAUCCUUGGGCAAAUGUCAUGUUUGCUUUGUUGUGCUUUGGCCGUCAGCUUGUCUACACGUUGUAGUUGAAUUAUUUUGUUCCACAACUGACUUCCUGAAGUACGGUGGCCACUGCUUUGCAUGGCAUUUUA